GGCGUGCCGGCACGUCUCCGGGGCGGUUGGAGUCGUACUCGUGCCGGGAGCAGCCGAUUGAUUGCCUUCUCCUUCCCGCAACUACUCGACUUCCCCCCCCACAAAACCGAACAAGCUUCUCUCCUCUUCUCGCAUCUCCCUCCUGCAAUCUCUGUUGCACGCCGCGCUGCUAAUCCUAUUGCUAGCUCGCCCGCUGAGAUGGACGGCAGCAGCCUCAAGUCCGCGCAGCUCCUGGAGCAGAUGCGCCUGCACCUGGCCACCGACGCCGGGAAGGAGCUCAUCAAGAAGGUCGGCCUCGUGUACCAGCUCAACAUCGCCCCCAAGAAGCUCGGCGUUGACGAGGAGAUCUUCGUGGUCGACCUCAAGAAGGGCGAGGUCACCAAAGGGCCGUACCAGCGGAAGCCGGAUGCUACCUUCUCCUUCACCGACAACGAUUUCCUUGCAAUCGCCACAGGCAAGACUAACCCGCAGAUUGCGUUCAUCCGAGGGGCGAUUAAGAUCAAGGGGAGCAUAAGCGCCGCGCAGAAGUUCACCCCUGACAUCUUCCCCAAGCCAGCGAAGCUGUAGAAGGUUAGAAUGCAUUAUUUGGGUGCGGAUGGAUAAUAAAGUUUCCAAGCUUCGACCACUAUGUACCUGAUAGGAUGAGUGGAAUACAUGAACAACACACGAUGAUCUGUCUUUAUCAAUGGAAUUUGGAUAAUGCCUUGGUUAAUCUAUCACUUAAAUUGAGCUCAAUGUUCACUUCU